AUGGGCCCUGCAGUUGGGCCUGGGAUAACGCUUUGUGCCUCUUUUCUUGCAGGGGGUUAUGAGCGCUUCUCCUCAGAGUACCCUGAAUUCUGUGCAAAAACCAAGUCCCUGAGCAAUGUGUCACCCCCCACCAGCGCCGAGCCCCUGGAUUUGGGCUGCAGUUCCUGUGGGACCCCCCUUCAUGACCAGGGUGGCCCUGUGGAAAUCCUUCCCUUCCUCUACCUUGGCAGCGCCUACCACGCCGCCCGGCGGGACAUGCUUGAUGCACUGGGCAUCACAGCCCUGCUGAAUGUCUCCUCGGACUGUCCCAACCACUUCGAGGGGCACUACCAGUACAAGUGUAUCCCCGUGGAGGAUAACCACAAAGCUGACAUCAGCUCCUGGUUUAUGGAGGCAAUUGAGUAUAUCGACUCAGUGAAGGAGUGUUGCGGCCGGGUCCUAGUCCACUGCCAGGCUGGUAUCUCCCGCUCCGCCACCAUCUGCUUGGCUUACCUGAUGAUGAAGAAGCGUGUCAAGCUGGAGGAGGCCUUUGAGUUCGUCAAGCAGCGCCGGAGCAUCAUCUCUCCUAACUUCAGCUUCAUGGGGCAGCUGCUGCAGUUUGAGUCGCAGGUGUUGGCCACCUCAUGUGCAGUGGAAGCUGUCAGCCCCUCGGGGACACUGCGGGAGCGGGGCAAGGCCACUUCCACCCCCACCUCCCAGUUUGUCUUCAGCUUCCCAGUCUCUGUUGGUGUCCAUGCCACCCCCAGCAGCCUCCCAUACCUUCACAGCCCCAUCACCACGUCGCCCAGCUGUUAGCUCAGGGGCUGAGACCAGCCAGGCAGAUAGUGCCAGGCGUGGAGGGGGCAGGUGGGCACGGAGCCCCAUGAUGUUAAGCAAUAGUGCCGGACACUGCCGUUCACCCUGGACUCAACGUCUUUUUCGUAGAGAAAUUUCUUACCUCAUCUUGGUUUUUUUGCUUUUUAAUUUUAUGUUUUGAAAGCACGAAAGUUGUACACAAACCCUGACAUUGUCCAGGCUCUUUGGGGGAGGAAAAAAAAUAGCAUACUGGGUUUCCUCAAGUGCCUGGUCUUCAUCUCCUUCCAUCCCUAUUUUACCAUCUUGUUUUUU